CAAUGACUAACUUUUUGUCUUUCACACACACAAACAUAUCUAAGAGCUUGAACAUGAAUUCGAACUCCAUUCCUCGACAUCUUUCUCGCCCAAUUAGUUAUUGAGAGAUGGAUUUCUUCUCUGCUUUUCUCACUGUUGCAUCAGCUGCUCUGUUUCUCCUCUUCAUAAGCUUCUGCGCGUUACUACUGAAAAUCUUCAUGGGAAAGUCGGUCAUGGACCCUCGGUACGCCCCAGUUAAGGGCACCAUCUUCGAUCAGCUCCUGUAUUUCAAUAGGCUAUACGACUACCAGACCCAAGUAGCACGCACACAUCAAACUUUCCGUCUCCUCGCUCCGUCACACAGUGAGAUCUACACGACAGACCCACGAAAUAUCGAGUACGUACUCAAGACCAACUUUGAUAAAUACUCCAAAGGCCAGUACAAUCAAGACAUAGUCACAGACCUCGUUGGCCACGGUAUCUUUGCCGUCGAUGGCGAUAGAUGGCGUCAACAGCGAAAGCUUGCAAGCUUCGAAUUCUCUACCAGGGUUCUGAGGGAUUUUAGCUCUGCUGUUUUCAGAAGAAACGCUGCCAAAUUAUCUCGGAUUAUCCUGGAAUUUUCCAUCACAAACCAGACGUUCGACAUUCAAGAUUUACUGAUGAGAUGCACUUUGGAUUCCAUAUUCAAAGUUGGGUUCGGGAUGGACUUGGAUUGCUUGGGGGGAUUAAGCAAGCAAGGAGGUUCGUUCAUAAAAGCAUUUGAUGAAUCGAAUGAGUUGGUCUGUUGGCGAUAUGCCGAUCCCUUGUGGAAGGUGAAGAGGUUUCUUAAUAUGGGGUCGGAAGCCAAACUCAAGAAGACCAUAAAAAUCAUUGACGAUUUGAUCUACGAGCUAAUCCAAAGCAAGAGGAAGCAGCUUUCUGUAAAAGGAGACUCUAUAACUAACGAAAAGGAGGACAUACUUUCGAGGUUUAUUGUGGAAAGUGAGAAGGAUCCCAAGACCAUGAACGAUCAAUAUCUCAGAGACAUAAUUCUGAACUUCAUGUUUGCCGGUAAAGACACAACUGCCAACACCCUCUCAUGGUUCUUGUACAUGCUCUGCAAGCACCCUUUCAUACAAGAAAAGAUAGCACAAGAAGUUACAGAAGCCUUCAACUGUGAAACCAAUGAAACUAACAUCGACGAAUUCGUCAUCUCAAAUUUAACCGAUGCAGCAAUGGAGAAGAUGCAUUAUCUCCACGCAGCAUUAACAGAGACUCUGAGGCUAUAUCCUGCCGUCCCCGUGGAUGGAAAGUGUUCGGAAGAAGAUGAUGUCCUUCCAGAUGGCUUCAGAGUGAAGAAGGGAGAUUCUGUAUAUUACAUUGCUUAUGCCAUGGGCAGGAUGGCAAAUCUUUGGGGAGAAGAUGCUGAAGAUUUCCGACCCGAAAGAUGGCUCAAAAACGGGGUUUUCCAACCCGAAUCGCCCUUCAAAUUUGUAGCAUUUCAUGCGGGUCCUCGGAUCUGUCUAGGGAAGGAUUUCGCUUAUAGGCAGAUGAAGAUAGUAGCGAUGGUGCUGAUUCGAUUCUUUCGAUUCAGAUUGGCGGAUGAAAACAAAGCAGUAACGUACAGAACAAUGUUCACGCUGCACAUCCAUGGAGGUCUCCAGCUUGGUGCCAUUUCUAGGUUAGGUUUGACAAAUUCAGGGAUUUAGUCAUCUACGCUUUAUUCUAAUAUUUGUAUGAUAGCUGCACUACUUUUUUAUUUUCUACCGACUUUGGUUUUAUAUGUAAGGCAGAUUCAAAAAAUCUAAAGAUGCUUAUAAGGUUGUAACUUGUUGACCAAGGAAA